AAAAUCUAUGAUUUUUCUGCAAACUGUUGUUUAUUAUGAAGUUUGGUGAAGGGCGGAGCAAAAGGAGAAGAGGCCAAUCCUAGGCGUUCUCAACCGAUGGCGUCAUCCAGAAACCCGGAAUAUAAACAGCAGUACUUGUUUGCUUUUUACGAGAGUACUACAUUGGCAGCAGUAAUGAAGCGGGCUUUCCUCCAUGUGUCGUUGCCCUUUCUUUUCUGCGUGAUAGUGGCAAACACCAGCCUGUUCCACGCGGUGGCAGUGGAUUUGUCCUACGACCACUAUGCUGAGCCUCGGGUGGACUCUCUGCCCUCCUUCCUGGCAAUGCCAUGCAACUGCCUGAUCAACGUGGCUUACGCCCUUAUGGGUCUGUAUUGGCUGCUGCUGCGCCAUGGAAAAGAUACAGAGACGCGACAGAGUCGCUACUUGAGACAGGUGUUCGCCUUCAUGGCGAUCUUCUACGCGCCUGUACAGUGGACGCGCUUGGCGUUUCUCCGGCGCGCCCCCGCCGUUCUGGACCAGUGG